CAGUCUGGGAGUCUAAGGACUGGAAUGUGCUCUGCAGAUCAAUCCAAGCACAAGCUAAAUAACUUUAACAAAAUAGUCUAAACACAGCUGAAGUACAAGGACAUAGGCAGGGCAAAAAGCAGCAGUCCUAGCCUGAGCCAUUUUAACUUUGAUCUUGACUGAAGUGCGAUAUGGAGGGAUUAUGCUUGUUUGCCAUUCUACUCACAGACCCUUGAUCACAUCUAAUGCCGAGACUGAAGGAAUCGCGGUCCCACGAGUCUUUGCUCAGCCCCAGUAGUGCUGUUGAGGCUCUCGAUCUCAGCAUGGAGGAAGAGGUCAUCAUCAAACCUGUGCACAGCAGUAUUCUGGGUCAGGACUAUUGCUUUGAGGUGACUACUUCAUCAGGAAGUAAGUGCUUUUCAUGUCGUUCUGCAGCAGAACGAGAUAAAUGGAUGGAGAAUUUACGGCGUGCUGUGCACCCAAAUAAGGACAACAGUAGACGGGUUGAGAAUAUGUUGAAACUAUGGAUUAUUGAAGCCAAGGAUGUACCUGCCAAGAAGAAAUACUUCUGUGAGCUAUGCCUAGAUGACACACUUUAUGCACGCACUACAUGUAAACUCAAAACGGACAAUGUGUUUUGGGGAGAACACUUUGAGUUCAAUAAUUUGCCUGCACUUAAAAACAUUACGAUACACCUAUACAAAGAAACUGAUAAAAAGAAGAAGAAAGAUAAGAACAAUUAUAUUGGACUGGUGAACAUUCCCAUGGCUGCUGUGACUGGAAGGCAGUUUGUUGAAAAAUGGUACCCUGUAAGCACACCUAACCCCAGCAAAGGCAAGUCGUCAGGGCCAAUGAUCCGCAUCAAGUCCCGUUAUCAGAGUAUGAGUAUUCUUCCCAUGGAGAUGUACAAGGAGUUUGCAGAAUAUGUCACUAAUAAUUACAUGGCACUUUGUUCAGUUCUGGAGCCAUUACUGAGUGUGAAGAAUAAGGAAGAAAUGGCCUCUGCCUUGGUACACAUCUUGCAGAGCACUGGAAAGGCUAAGGAUUUCCUAACGGAUUUGAUGAUGUCUGAAGUAGAUCGUUGUGGUGAAAAUGAGCAUCUUAUAUUCAGAGAAAAUACAUUGGCUACUAAAGCGAUUGAGGAAUACCUGAAGCUGGUUGGUCAGAAGUACUUGCAGGAUGCUUUAGGAGAGUUUAUUAAGGCACUAUACGAAUCUGAUGAAAAUUGUGAAGUGGACCCCAGCAAAUGUUCUUUAGCAGACCUUCCUGAACACCAAAGUAACCUGAAGAUGUGCUGUGAGCUAGCCUUCUGCAAAAUUAUUAACUCAUACUGUGUUUUUCCACGAGAAUUGAAAGAGGUUUUUGCUUCCUGGAGGCAGGAAUGUAGUAACCGUGGGCGCCCUGAUAUUAGUGAGAGACUAAUCAGUGCUUCACUAUUCCUUCGUUUCCUCUGUCCAGCAAUUAUGUCCCCUUCCCUUUUUAGCCUACUCCAGGAGUACCCUGAUGAUCGAACUGCACGCACUUUGACUCUUAUUGCAAAGGUCACACAAAAUUUGGCAAAUUUUGCAAAGUUUGGUAGCAAAGAAGAAUAUAUGUCAUUUAUGAAUCUGUUUCUAGAACAUGAAUGGACCAACAUGCAGCGGUUCCUUUUAGAGAUUUCAAACCCAGAGACCCUUGCAAACACUGCUGGAUUUGAAGGAUACAUUGACUUGGGCAGAGAGUUAUCUACACUGCACUCUCUGCUGUGGGAGGUCCUUCCACAAUUAGACCAGGGUACCUUAAGUAAAGUUGGACCUCUGCCACGCAUUCUAAGGGAUAUGAAUACUGUAGUAAGCAAUCCAGCAAGUGUCCAAGUCUCUGUCACGUCUGACCAAACUGCUUCAACUCCAAAUGCCAGCAACAGUAGUAGCAUCUCUGCCGGGCUGCAGAAAAUGGUGAUAGAAGGUGACUUGACUGGUUUAAUAGAUUUCACACGAUUACCUUCUCCCACCCCUGAAAAUAAGGACUUGUUUUUUGUUACAAGAUCUUCUGGGGUGCAGCCAUCACCAGCCCGAAGCUCAAGUUAUUCGGAGGCGAAUGAACCUGAUGUGCAAAUAUCUAAUGGCAGCAAAAGUUUGUCAAUGGUAGAUCUGCAAGACAAUCGUAGCUUGGACAGUGGACCAAACACAUCGGUAGUUACAGAUCCUCUAAAUGACAGCCAGUCAUCCAUUGGACAGUUUCAAGGGGGUUGGACAACACGGACACAGCAGACUAAUACCACAGGACUAGCCACAGUUCGUAGGGCACCUCAGACUCCUACAACACCCAGUGCUGAGAAUGCUCCUGGUAGGCCACAACUUUUAGCACCUUUGUCUUUCCAAAAUCCAGUAUACCAGAUGGCAGCAGGGCUGCCAGUAUCACCACGUGGUCUGGGAGACUCGGGUUCUGAGUGUCAGAGUUCCCUCAGCUCACACAGUAACAGUGAUGAGCUAACAACAAACAAACAGGGUUUUCUGAAUCAGGGAAGCAGUGAUGACUUUGCAAGACGUUCUGGGGAAUAUACAAGAAGGCAGCAUUCAUUGACUGACAAAGCAGCACAACCCACCAUGCCACGGCAAAACAGUGCUGGACCACAAAGACGGAUAGAUCAGCCACCCCCACCCCCACCGCCACCACCACCUCCACCAGUAACUAGAGGUAGAACACCGCCAACACUUUUUAACACUUGCCAGUAUCCACGACCUUCUAGUGGGACCAUGAUGCAGUCAACAACAGACUGGCCAGGAUGUGGUACACGAUUAAGGCAGCAGUCUUCUUCAUCAAAGGGUGAUAGUCCAGAAAUGAAACAGAGAACCAUGCAUAAACAAGCUCCUUCCCCUGUGAAUCCGAAUGCCUUGGACCGCACUGCAGCCUGGCUGUUGAACAUGAAUAUGCAGUACGUAGAGGAUGAAGGCACUGACCCAGAUUCUAAACACAGGGAUAAGCUAAGAAAUAGGGAUGAGCUCAGCCAAUCAGAAAAGUACCAGCAGGAAAUAGCAAUGCUACAGGAAAAACUACGUAUCUCAGCCAGGAAACUGGAAGAAUCUGAGAAUCGUAUGAAGAACCAGGAUGAGCAGACUCAGAAAAUGAUGUUGGAGUACCAGGCCAGGCUGGAAGAGAGUGAAGAGCGACUCCGCAGACAGCAGGAAGACAAGGAGAUCCAGAUGAAGGGAAUCAUUAGCAGGUUGAUGUCUGUUGAAGAAGAACUGAAGAAAGAUCAUUCAGAAAUGCAAGCAGCUGUUGAUGCUAAACAAAAAAUCAUUGAUGCUCAGGAGAAACGAAUUGCCUCACUGGAUGCAGCAAAUGCACGAUUAAUGAGUGCACUUACUCAGCUGAAAGAAAGGUACAGCAUACAAACCCGCAAUGGCAUCUCUCCCACAAACCCAACAAAAUUACAAAUUACAGAAAAUGGUGAAUUUAGAAACAGCAGCAAUUGUUGAUGCAUGAAACAAGCACACAAAAAAUCUGCUUGUCUAAUGGAAGAUUUAAAGCUGGACAACUGCUAGCAUACCUCACACAAUUAGGCAAAGCACACUGGAAAAAUAACAAAAACCAGUUCAUUUUGAAAGACCAGCAAAUUAUGACCACUGUACUACUGAAAAAUAAAGGAUUGACAUUACACAGUGACACAACUGUGCAAGAAUCAAUUUCAUUCAUAGUUCCUGAGAAGUAUGACUGGAUUUCAGUAUUCUACAGCACUAGUCAACCUCUCAGAUCAAAUAACACCCCAUAGAUUAUUAAAGGGUGUUUAUACUGCUCCAAGGAGGAGUUUUGACCAGUUUAUGAACAUAUGCAGAAAGUUUCCUAAAGCUAUGUAACAACAGAUACAGGCCACAAAUUAGGCUGGUAUGCCUCAUUAAGAUACCACUCAUUUUUGUAUUAUAGUUUCCCUUGAAUCAUCUAUUUUAUUUCACAGUAGCAGAAGAAACUGCAAUCUGUGUCAGGAGUACUGAGUAUAUUGUCAUUUCAGGUGUGUGCUAGCCAGUUCAUCAGGCCUGAUGGAGCGGCUAGUGUGCAUUAUACUUUGCCUGCAGUGUGCAUUGCAAGUCUUUGCAUACACUCUCAACCAUCUUGGAACUUUUUUGAAAUAUAUUAUAGAAGAUUUAUGCAAGAGAGCAAGAAUUUAGUAAAAUCUGAAAGACUGACUAAUGUAUGGUUGCAAAUGUGAAACUGUUAUUAUAUUGCAGUACUGAGGUGGCCAUAUGAGAAGAAAAAGUACUGCGCCAAAUGAGACCCAAAAAUAUAACUCCUGCACCACUUUAAAAGUUUACUUAUGCUGUUUUAUUUUUUGUUGUAGAUCAGCUCAUUGAUUUAGCCACUGUUAUACCAUUUGCUAUUAGUAUUUUCUGAUUCCCAUUGUUUACAAAAUACUGAUUUUGAUAGCUUUCCUUUUAACUAUAAAAUGUUACUGACUUUUUGCAUUUGUCUGCAUUUGUGUUCCCAAAUGAAAUAUUUGUUAUAAGGUACAUAUUUCUUUUUUGUGUUAUUUGAUUGCCUGCACAGAAUCAUCUUUGGGCAACAUAGUGGAAACCUUUGGUUGUAUAUUAAAAUGGUUUGUAAAGAAGAUUUAUUUAAAUAAAAAAUGUACAAAUAGACAGAAGCAGGCAGGGAGGGUGUGCUACAUGUUAACAGAUUGUCAGUCAAAGGACGUGCAAUGUUUACAAUGAAUGUUGCUCUUGCAAGCUUUGUUUUGAAGUGAAGACCACAUCUCUAUAUUUAACAGUGCUGCUGACACUUUUGUCUUCUAACAUUACAGCACCUCUGUUAAAAAUAGGCUUUUAACAAGGCCAUCCAGAGAACUGUCUGAAAGAAAGGUUGUUGAUAGCAAAUUUCUUCCAUAUUUGAAAAUUGCAGCAAAAAUUUUAACUAGUAUUGGACUUUUCCCCUUGGAUGAAAGUAAAAAAAUUAAUCUUGUCAGGGUUUUGAUUUAUACAUAGUAUGUACUGAAAAAUUCCAAUGUUUUCUGGACAGUUAAAAAUAUGAUUUUGUUGUCAUAUGCAGUGCUAAACACAUCAGACUGUCAGAGGUACCCUUGAAGCUAGACAGGGAUGCUAUAUAGUGUAAAUAUGUAAGUAAAGUGUUUUCUCAGGAUGUAGUACUAAAUGGUAGCAUCUGGAGAGUUAAAUGCCAAAAUGCAUUUUGUACAAGUCUGUUUGUAUUUAUUUGGGCCAUUGUUUUAAAUAAAAUACUUCAUAAACUUUUUAAUUAAAACCAUGGCUCAAAUACAUUUAGCCUUUCUGUGGGUGAAGUAAGAUGGAUGUCCAUAGAUUUUAAUGGACACUUCUCUGUGCAUGUGCAACGUGCAUUCAUUAUAGUUUAUGGACACCUCUCACAUUUUCUACUCAGUUGAUGUCACUUAGGUUAAAGAUCAACAUUCAAAGCUAAGUGUCAUCUUAAUGGGGAAAACAUAUUUUGCAAAGGCCUAAUUUUUUUUAAAGCCUGAAAACAUUCGCCAAUAGAACGAACAUCCAGAUUAUCAUUUUAUGUACCAUGUAUGAUGGUGUAAAAGGCAAUUCACAAAAGUGUGGCAUAAUACUUUAAGUACAUCCUGAAGGUAAAUAUCCACUCUGUGGUUGAUGUACAUUUUAAACAAGCAACAUCUGACAUCAUUCAAGAAGUCUAGUUGUUUACCAAAUAAAAACUGCUACAAGGGGCUGUAACAUGCCAGUCUCAAGUAAAAUAACCACAGGGACAAAAACUACCCUUUCCACAUCCAUAUUUUAUUUAAUUAAAAAAUGCACAAAUAAACUCACUAUUAAGUGAGUUUGUCCUUUAUAUGAAACAAGACUUCUUCAUGGUCUUCAGUGAGUUGGUAUAUUUUUUAAUAAAUUAAAUGUGGAUUGGGCUAGAUUUUGCCUCUGUGUUUAGUUUACCUGAGAGUGGUGUGCUACAGUCCCCUGGAGUGUUUUUUAUUUGGUUAUUAGUGUUUGAAAGUUAAACGCAAUGUAAGUGGUUCCUAUUUAAGUCUGGCUGUUUAGCAAUAGCUCAGUCCCCUUGAAGUAUAGAUGAACAAAAGUAAAGGACAAAAAAUAUAGUCAGAGCAUAGAGAUAUUAAUACUUUCCAUCUGGAUGGCCUGAAAGUCCACAGAUGAAAUCUUCCACUCUCUUAUUACAGGCAUGCACUGCUAAAGAGCGACUGCAUCAGGAAGCCAUUAAUUAUGUGAUAUAAUAGUAUGCAAGACAAGGGGAUGCAAAAAUGGGGAUGACCAUUUGACUUAUUAGGCUACUAGCCCUGGUUAUUGAAGAGAAAGGGUCUUAUGAAAAUCCAUAGUACAGUUGCUGCGACAUAAGUUUCCACCUGUUAACAUCAAUACUGUGUCUUUUUGACAGUGUAGAUGCAUAUGUACUCAAAACAAUGCAGAGUUGUUCUGAAGAAUUCAAAUAACAUUUAAACAUUUUUGAAGGGGCAAUAUGACAACAAAUAUAUAUAGUAAGUUGAUAGGUAUGUUGUUUUUAUUAACAUAUGCCCUGUCAUUGUACGUGUCAUAUAUGAAUCAGAAUGAUUUAUGUGCAGAACUCAUAAUGCUGCAGUUUGUACUGCAUAUAACAUAUUUAUUUAGAGUUCUAAAGUAAUAAGAUGUACACCAAGGGAAUGUAAAAAAAAAAUCUACAUCGAUUUUCAAAGAGACAGACUUGCGCAUAUGAGAAAUCCUGAUAAGUUUUUAAGUAUUUUUUGUAGAUGUUCAUAUUUUCCCUACACUCACCAAAUCUUUUUGAAAAUGUCUUUAUUAUUAAGAGUUUUCUAAAAGCACACCAGUAAUAUAUUAGACAAUUCAUUAUGCUGGUAAAAUGUCUAUCUAUAAAAGUUGAGGCAUUAUCCUUUUGCACAUUUUACUUUUUCAAGCUGUACACAGGAUAACUUGCACUCUGUUGGGAGAAGACUCUGUUCAAAGACUUUAUUACAGGGUAGUACAGAUGGCUGAGCAUUGUCUGUUUCUUAUUAUGUGUUGGUCAGCAUCUCCUGCAGUGUCACGGUAUGGUUAAUAACGUAUACUGCAUUACUGCCGUGAUAUGAACUCCUUUAGCCACUUUUGCGUUUGUCAUCCCUUUAGGCCAACUACUUUAGUCAGUGUUUAGUUUUAGCAACACCAUCCUAUAUUGUACUCUGCUCCUGCAUGCCAUGGAUUCCCUUGUAUAUGUCUGAUAACCAUUUUCACCCCAUUCUGUAAGAAAUGAGGUACAGCUUCAUCCUUGUACCCUUAUCUGACCUUUGUUUCCACUGACAUCAUUCUGAAAAUCUCUCCCACUUCAGCUGCGAUAGUAGUAGUAACAGUUCUUCACAUAUGCCAUAUCUCUAAUGAGAUGCAGCAGAGUCUGUUAGAGUGGUCAGUAUUGAUGCAUAACUCUUUGAUACAUGCACUGUAAUGUGCGUAUACAAACACAUCAGUGCCCUGUAACCUUCAUCUCGCAUCACAUGAGUAAGAAGAGCUCAGACCACCAGUUUACACCAUUAGAAACAGUCUGUGGGCAGUUGUAUAAAUACUUAACAAAACAAGAUCGGUUUGAAAAACUGUAUUUUUUGAUUGUAAAGUUAAAAAAAAUAAUAAUAAAGUUUAAAUCUGAAAUGAAAAUGGAAUAAGCAGCAGAUCUGCCCCCCCCCCCCAAAAAAAAAAUCAUUGGAAGUGGACUUUUAAAUUCACAAAACAUACAGUGUGGGAUUCUGCAUUAGCAUGUUUUGUCACAGAUUUGACUAUGGGCCUGAUAUAAAAGUGUCAGCUCUGGUGCAAUAUGAAAUGUCGAUGGUAUGCACUAACUUUAUAACAAAAACUGUUGUAAUUCUGUCUGGUGACAGAUUUUGUUUUAUACUUGCAGCAUAUGCCUGGUUCAACCAGCUGGAAGACACUUGUCUAGUGAAUGGCCAUAGUAUACCUCCAGUCAUCACAUAUGUAGCACCACCUCCAAGACUACUGACUAUCUGUAGUAAGCCAUGUUAGUUAUAAGCCUGCACUGUGGCACAGUGCAUAUGCUGGCUCUAUAUGUCAGAGUAAUAUUUCUGCACCGCAUAUCCAUGUGGUAUUGUUCUGUAUUUCAGUGAUAAGUCUGUGGCAUCUAGGUUGUUGAUAUCAUUCACAAACUGGUUAGCACACAGCAAAGUCUGUAAGUUGAUUUCAAAGAUAGUGUGCCAUCUUACUGUGUAACCUGGAAACUUUACAAAUUACACAAGUCCUGGUUUGCUUUUCCUGAAUUUUAAAAUUGGAAAGCUUGAAUUUCCAGGUCACAUAGGUUCAUUGUUCUAAAAAUGUGCUUGUCUUGCUAGCCCAAAUAACUGAUUUUUUUAUAUUUUAAAAUACUUUUUUGUUAAUAUAUACUAUUACAGCUGUAUCCAUAGGAUUACAGUGAUGCCAUGAAGUAAGCAUUGGGACUUCAGGUGUUUGCUUAGAAAAUAAGUGUGGGGAUAGACUUACUAGUGGAAAGUGUCAAAAGCUAUUAACAUUAACUUUGUUGACAAAAAUGCAGAUAUGAAGUUGUCAUACAUGCUCAUAACAUGCAUUUGGCAGCCUGUGCAUUGUUGCUGUAGUUGGAGAACUGACCAAAUCUCUUUUUUGUUAAUAUUGUGUACUGCAUAAAAAAGGUUAUUCUCAGCAGUUACAUUUUAAACAUAUCUGGGGUAUAUUUUAUUUUAUUCUAUUUCAUUUUAAAAUGCUGCAGACAUUUAAUAUCUAAUUGAGUUAGCAACUUCAUGAAAGUAAUCGUAGAGCUUUCUUCAUGGGGACUUGUGUAGCAGCAUAAUGGUAUAGUUUCCUCUCACCAGUGUCAGUCACUACAGGGAUUUGUUUCAAGCAGCCAGUAGUCCCCCUGAAUGAGGGCUUAUUGUACUGCUGCUCAUCUGCAUUCCAUUAUACUUGCCCCAAGUAAAAGCACUACUAUUAUCCCAUCUGUUAUUGUCAUCACUUUGAAACCAUUAGUCAUUUGAUCAUAUUUUCCAUUUGAAAUAGUUUUGUCAGUUGCUUUUACCUAGUUUUCAGUAGUAAGUGAGAACAUGUAUUACUUUUUCUUAAACAAAUAUAGCAGACAUAGUAAUGUUAUUUGUAGAAUUCUCAGAGGGUAAUGUCAUUCUCAUGUAAGCUGGUGAAUAGAAUGGUCUGUGGGAGACAGCUAGGCCCUAAUGACUUCCAUUUACUGCAUGUUUACUUUUUGGGCUGUGUAAGGUACUCCUAAUUGUGAGCACUACUAAUUUAAGAAGACUUAUAAGGUCAGGAGACUUAUGUCUUGAAAGAUUUUCUUGUCACUGUUAAACAAUCACCAUUGUGGCAGUUUCAUGUCUGAGUUUGAAUAUACAAGUACAAUGAAAAGGGUAGCCCAGGAAAAAUGAUAGUGUACAGUUUUAAUAAAACUUCUCCAGGUUUUACCUGGCUACAGAUCAAUCUAUUCUAUCCUCAACAGUCAGACCAUUACAAAUGAUGCAAACACUAGUUCAAGUCCAGGCAAGAACAUUAGAUUAGCCAGUUUAAGGAGGAGUACUUCAUAGCCAUCAAAAAGGUAGGGCAGGCACAAUGUAAUCUAGAUCUGUGUUGCUCUUCAAAUUAAGGUUUACCAACAUUUAUACCAAUCUUUUAUGCUGUCUUCAAGAUCAGCAACAGGUUAUUCCUUUUUUAAGAGAAGGAAAAUAUCACCUUCAGAUUGCCUUCCCAUUUGUGUUCAUUGAUGGGGGAUAACUUUAUAUGAAACAGAGUCUGCUUUUGACAUGGACAUUUAUUUAUCAGUCUUUGCCAUUUAAUUUACUAAUUCCAAGGGAGUUUCAUUUGGAAAGUAAUAAAUUAAUAACUUGAGAUAGGAGUUAUUGGUCAGUGGUCAAAGAACAAUUCAACCCCCCCCCAAAAAAAAACACAAUAAAUAACUGUGAAUACAUUAAUGUAAGCCUCAGAAUAUUCCUCCCUUGCUUGACUCUUUGAAGGACUUAAUGGAACUGGUGGGCAAAUUUUCAGAUGCUUAGUCUUCUGCCCCCGACAAACAGAUCAGUUAUCUACAGCUCCUGACCGGCAAACUUUUUAAUGGAAUUAGGAGGCACACUUGGCUACUCUUUUCCUUUUCUUGUACCUAGUAUUCAGAAGAAAAGAGCACAAUUUUAGCACAACAUCUCCAUGCAAAAUGGUGAGCAUUUCUUCCAGCUUAGCUUUUAAGGCUGCUAGCUACCUAAUACAUAUGGUUCACUUUAAGAGUUCUGUUUAAGGACUGGUGCAAUAUGUUAAGCUGGUAUUACCUGUUACAAACAUUAGAGAUAUGCUGCCUGCCACUUCAGAUAGGAUAGGCCGUCAGGUAACAAAUUGUGCCUAUCAUGCAAUGGAUGCCUCACUAAACUAAGAUGUGAUGUACAACUUAAAGAAGAAGAAGACAUACUUGAAUCAGUAUUUGGUCAUACUGAGCAGAUGUUAAGGCUGAGGUUCCGGCUAUCCCCAUUACUGCUGAGACCUUGCUUUGGCAUUUGACCAUAGAGAAACAAUGGAUAGCCAAUGUUUAUUAAUUUGUACUUGGAUCACCCUAUUUAUAUCAUUCAGGAUCACAGGGGGGAUAGGAUCACAGGGGAGUCAGUGACUGUCAUAAAAGUUACUGGGCACAAGACAAACAAAUGCAAGACAGGCUGUAUGAAAUUUAAUAAACUAUUAAGUGUAUACAGUAACAAACUUGUCUAUUUACUGUAAAUAUUAUAUCUUUUUUUUAAUAUGUGACCCUGGUAAUGGUUAGAAAAUAUCAGUUGUGGUAGUGCAACCCCACUGACAAAUUAGUAAAGGAGGCGAUAAAUAUACAAAUAAAUAAAUUAAUAAACUAACUGAAUUAGAAAAGGAUAAACAAUGACAGCAGUGAAACAGAUAUUUCCUACUUAUAGUGUCAGUUUUCCAUGAUCUUCUGUUUCCAGAAGCCUCUUUUUUACAAAGCAGUAAGGUACUCAGCAGCCAGACUAGUACAGGAAACAAGUAAACAGAACUCUUCCCAAGAAAAAAAAAUUUAAUUCCUUCCAACUUGGAACUCUGAACUUUUAUGCUUUGUUUCUACCUAUAGAUCUAAUGUAUACUAUACAAGGAUAAUUUUUAUUACCCCCCCCCCAAGGGAUAACUACAGAUUAGUUCAGAGAGUAACUCAGUUUUCUCAAAACUUUUCAUAGGACCUAGCUCAUCUAAUAUCUAACUUCAACAGUUGGAGCUAUCCUUGCAGUCACUAUAAAGUAGGUAAAACAAUGGCUGUCAAGUCAGAAACAGGGUAAUGUUUUUCUUUUUUGUUGUCAAGGUUUAAAAAUGGGACAAUUAUUAAAAUCAUUGUUGGAUCUGUGAGUAAAGUUGUUUUAGUAGACUAGCUCUGUAUGUUGACCCUAAAGAAUGUGCUUCUUUAAAAAAACGGUUUCAAAAAGGGCAAUUAAUGAAGGCCAUUUUGUAUCUGUGAGCAAGUAUCACUCUGUAUCUUGAUCCCAAAGAAUUUUCUUCUUUCAGUAAGUCAGAGUUUCUAAAUACAAUUUUGAAUAUGCAACAUGUAUGCCUCUGUACCCAGUUUACCCUUACCACAGGAAAUCUCUGAAGUUCUAGGUUGGGAAAUUUGUUUCAAGUUCUCACUGCCAACUUUAUUCCCUCUACAGAUUCAAAGUGCCUGGUCCCCUAUUACCCGAGUAUUCCAUGCAGUCAUACUUUCCCUUACUAAGAUGACUGACAUAGCUUAAUCUAGUCUCUUGUCCAAAGGAACUGUCUCCUUGCAACUAUAAAGCAAUUGUUUUAGUAGUUUUUAUCCCUAUGGGUUACACUAAAUCUGGAAAUGUUCUUCAACAUUUAAUUCAUAAUAUCAAGUCACAAUCCAGUUAGCAUCACAAUAUUUUUCCUCAGUAGAAAGUAGAUGACAUUUCUGCAACUCCCUAUUGUAAGUUCCACUGCAGUUCCUGAUAUAGGGGGAAGCCCCAUAUCCCCAAACUUAUGCACAACAACAGUGAGAGUGCUAUACAUCAUAGAAAAGGGAAUAUUCAUACAACUGGCAAUCUCAGACUUAGAAUAUCUAAGUCUGGAAUUUUGACCAUUCUGUCUCCACAUUACAGGACUUGGCAUUCCAAGUCCCAGUAUUUGAAAUGGUUCCCAGUUUCUUUAUUAUGGACUAUAUAAUGAGAUUUUCUGUAGCACCAGUGAGGUGGUACAUCAGUGCAUUUUUGCUCAUGUAGUCAAGCACUCUGAUGGUACUAGUGCAAGGUUCUACAACAGAAAGGCAUAGUAACUCCUAAAAAGACCUCCAGAGCUGUUCUGUUAAUGUCAAUUAACUGUAAAUAUAUUUUUGUGGUUAUUGUGACAUCCCUGCUCUGGACCAGUGAUCAAUGUAUCUCAGUCCUCACCACAGACAAUGGUGAGGGACAUUUAUUUGGAACAAAAAUAGAUACACAGUAUUUCUAGAUGCAGCUGUCUGCACCAAGCACAGAGCACACAGGAACACACUCUCAUCCUGGGGCUGGG